CGGAAGCGGCAGGGCAGUGGGACUCCCUGGCCAGCGGGGUUCCAGGGCCAUGGGGCUACCGUGGGCGAGCGCGAGCGCCGAGGGGGCACCCGUGCGGCUGCCUCUGGUGCUCACGGCGCUGUGGGCCGCGGCCGUGGGCCUGGUGCUGGCUUACGUGCUGGUGCUGGGUCCUGGGCCUCCGCCGCUGGGCCCCCUGGCCAGGACCUUGCAGCUGGCGCUGGCCGCCUUCCAGCUGCUGAACCUGCUGGGCAACGUGGCGCUGUUUCUGCGCUCGGACCCCAGCAUCCGCGGCGUGAUGCUGGCUGGCCGCGGGCUGGGCCAGGGCUGGGCGUACUGCCACCAGUGCCAGAGUCAGGUGCCACCACGUAGCGGGCACUGCUCGGCCUGCCGUGUGUGCAUCCUGCGUCGGGACCAUCACUGCCGCCUGCUGGAUCGCUGCGUGGGCUUCCAUAACUACCGGCCUUUCCUGUGCCUGCUGCUGCACGCCGCCGGCGUCCUGCUGCACGUCUCUGUGCUGCUGGGCCCCGCGUUGGCUGCCCUCCUGCGGGCCCAGGCUCCCCUGCACACCGCCGCCCUCCUUCUUCUUCCCUGGCUCAUGCUACUCACAGGCCGGGUGUCUCUGGCACAGUUUGCUCUGGCCUUUGUGAUGGACACGUGUGUGGCAGGGGCGCUACUGUGCGUGGCCGGGCUGCUCUUCCACGGGAUGCUGCUGCUGCGGGGCCAGACCACGUGGGAGUGGGCGCGGGGCCAGCAUGCCUACGACCUGGGCCCCAGCCUCAACCUGCAGGCGGCCCUGGGGCCCCGCUGGGCUCUGGUCUGGCUCUGGCCUUUCUUGGUCUCCCCAUUGCCAGGGGAUGGGAUCACCUUCCCCACAGCCGCUGAGGGGGAACUUAGGGCUUCCUGACCCCAGGAGAGACGGCACUGCCCGGGCACGGGGGUGUAUGGCAGGGGCUGCACCUACAACUCUCAGGGAGGAAGUUGGAUUGGCCUGAGAGCUGCAGUGGGCAUCGUUAGCUCUGUCUUGGCUGUGGCCUUGCCCCUGCCCACUGUCCCCUCACCUCCCUCCUCACUCUCCGGUGCUGUGUUUCUGGUCCCUCCCUAAGCCAGGGCUGCUG